AUGGUCCUGUUCCAGACAAGUUUUCAUUGGUUGCACGGUGACUUUCAGGUGAGUGGCCGCAAUUCUUCCCCUUGCUCUUAUUGGCUGCAUGUGGCAGGUUGGGAGUUGUAUGUCUGCAAAAGGCUCCGUGCCUGUGAAAGGCAGUUUCUUCAGAUGGAGGGAUUGUUGCUGAAAUGGACAAAUUACCUGUCAGGCUGGAAGCCACGUUACUUUGUGCUGGACAGUGGUAUCCUGUCAUACUAUGACUCCCCGGAGGAUGUUGGGAAAGUAAGCAAAGGCAGCAUCAAGAUGGCCGUGUGUGAGAUCAGAGUGAAUCCCUCUGAUAAUAGCCGGAUGGACCUUAUCAUCCCAAAUGAGCAGUAUUUCUAUUUGCGAGCAGAGAAUGCAGCAGAACGCCAGAAGUGGCUGGUAGCACUAGGAUCUGCCAAAGCCUGCAUUGGGGACAGUGCAACAGAGAGGCCAAAAGAGGAUCUUUCUGGCAGUGAAACCCUCGGGAGGAAAUUGUCUGAGCUGCGGGUAUUUUGCAAUUUUCUGAUGCAGCAAAUAAAAGAAAUGCAAGGAGCAGUGGAUCCAGAUGGGCCUGGAGCCUCUCCUGAUAUAGAGAAAGUGCGAGCAGCCUGCUGUGCUUUGUAUGGAACCUGUUCUCACAUCUCCUCCUCAUUAGAGGACUGCAUGAACCACAUCAGUACCACACAAGAUGGGAUUGCACAGGAGAAGCCUCCUCCAGUAACGCCUGCUGGCAUCAAGCUUCCACGGGCACAGAAGGAGAAAAAUGCUGUGAACACGUCUCCUAUGAGAACACCACAGAGUGACUACGAGGCUCCCAGACAGGUUGAUGAAGUCACUGUAUUGUGGAAACUGGAGGACAUGGCGAGGCGGCCUCGUGCUAGAGGCAAUGAAGGCCUAUUGCCAAACAAAAACACUACUGGAUAGAAAAACAUUUGGAAGAAGCCCAAUAAAAUUGUCCUGCAAUAGCUAUUUUUUUGUACAGAACAUUUUUUAUUAUAUUUUUCUACAGAAAUUGUCUGACACAAUUGAAGUUGGAAUGUGGAUGUACUUGCAAUUUGCCUUUUUAGUGCAAGAAAAAAAAAAAACAACAUUAGUAGAUAUUUCUUAAUUAAAACAAGUACGUUCAGCAGAAGCUCUGCUCAUUAAACUCAUGUUGAACCAGG